GCCCCAGCAGAGGCGGAGGCUACGUGCGCAGCUCUGGUGAAGGCCGGCCACGCCAGCUGCACAGCCACGGAGGACCUGGAUGCCCUGCCUUUUGGCAGCCUGCUCCUCCUCCGACAUCUGAAUGCAAAGAAAGGUGUCUUGGAGGAGAUUUCCCUGCCCGUCCUUCUGGAGAAGCUGGGAAUGACACAGGAGCAGUUUGUGGACCUCUGCAUUCUGCUCGGCUGCGACUACUGCGGGAAGAUCCGGGGUCUUGGCCCUAAAAAGGCCCUGAAGCUGCUGCAGCAACAUGGAAACAUUGAGCAAGUCUUGAAGUCCAUCAGUCCACAGAAGCACCCGGCGCCCCCAGACUGGCCCCUUGAAGAGGCCCGGAGACUCUUCCUGCAGCCGAAGGUAGCCGAGCCCAGCCAGGUGGUGUUGGAGUGGAAAGAACCAGACGAGGCCGGGCUGGUGCGGUUUCUGGCUCAUGAGAAGCACAUGAACGAGAGCAGAGUCUGUCAGCGGAUGGAGCGGUGGCGUCAGACCUGUCUGAAGCGUGCCCAGCCCCAGUUGACAGGCUCUGGGGCGCAGGGCAGCUCCAGGCAGAGGAUGCUCGGGGAGUUCUUCCAGGUCAGGAAGCGGCACAACGAGGCCCCCACCGGCCAGCCUUGCAAAAAGAAGCAGAAGGCCAAGGCGAAAGCCCCGGAACCCGUCAGAAGCUCUGCAGAGGGGACCUGAGUUGGCGCCAGCACCUUUUCCGCCUGCUUGCAGCCUCCCGACCAGCAAGAUCUGCACACCGGAGACCUCCCUGCCCUUCCUUUGAGAGAACCGGCUGCAAGGAUGUUGGUUGAGGGCGGGGUUCGAGUCACAUGCGGAGCCUGUGAGUGCUGAUGUCAGCAAAGUCUGGGAAAGGGCAGAGUCUCUUCAGAGCCGUUCUCUGCUGCUGCUGCAUGGGAAGCCAAAUGCCACAGGGGCUCAGUGGUGGUGCAGGUUCGGAAGAGGAGGGGCACGCCACGCUUGUGGGGCCCUCCAUGGCAGCCUCCACAGCUGGGGGUAACACGGCUGCCGCAGAGUUCUCCCCCAAAUUGCUAGCAUGUCCCCACGUGGAACCAUAGAGUUUCAAGCGAAUCCCUAGAGCAUCCCACGUGGUGAUGGGCCCCUCUCUCACCAUCCCUCCUGCCAGCUCAGGCCGCUGUUGCUUAGGAAGGGUGCGGCCCUUGGAGGCGGAGCCACACUAGGCCAAUGCCCACUCGUAGGAAGUUCAUAAAUCAGCCAUGAGUUUGAACUUGGUGAGAACUCAGCACCUUGAUGGCCUCAUUCUGACAAGCGGAGCCAUCUGUCAGGCCAUGCUUCAUUGAAGUUAUUGAUGCUCUAUGAUCAUGCCUAUGUUAUGCUUACUAACACCAUUGCUGAAUAAAAUACUAUGCUACUAAUACUGUGCCCUGCAAGAGAAAGAGGAGGGGUGGGAAUGAGGGUGCCAAAACUCCAAAGACCAGUAGAGGCCUUUGAAGUGCAGAGCGCCAAGCUCGCCUCCCCGGUGCCUUCCGAGCAGAGCAAGGACAUCACCAGGGGGGGAGAGUGCAUCCAUCACCGGUACAAGAUAAGCAGGCGUGUGAAAGUAUUGCUUGCAGGGACAACUGUAGUUUUAUUAUGAGAAAUAGUUUAAAGCCCUAGUCUUUGAAGUGUAUUCAUAAAUACCAAUGGCUCAAGCUAUCUGUUAUCAGUUUCAAUGAAUCCAUGUAGAGAGUAACAUUGUUGUAAUCAAUAAAUGAAACUUAGUUUUGGAACAAA